GGGGAGGCAACAUUAGAUUUACUGAAAAAGCUAAUGUGAGGUACAGCUGCAAAGCAGUGGUGUCUCCGAUCUCUCUACGCACAGAGACAGAAGGAAAUUUUAUUUAGAGAUCAUGGAAAAAAAUUCUCAGGAGAGCCCCGAGGUCUGUCACUUUUUAGAUGCAGAAGCGUCUAAGACAAGAAAGAAGACCUGCAAAAGAUACAAAAUCUGUGGAUUGCUCUUCUGCAUACUGGUGAUUUUUCUUAUUCUGAUAUUUUUUGGUAUCAAAUAUUUCUGGAACCCUUCACCUAAAAAAAUAUAUGAUAUGGAGCACACAUUCUUUAGCCAUGGGGAGAAAAAGAAGAUUUUGAUGGAGAUAGAUCCUCUAACCAGAACAGAGACAUUCAGAUCUGGAAAUGGCAGAGAGGAAAUUUUAGAAAUACAUGACUUUAAAAAUGGAAUAACGGGCAUCUUUUUUGGAGGACUUCAAAAAUGCUUCAUCAAAACUCAGAUUAAAGUAAUACCUGAAACUUCGGAGGCUGAAAUACAGGAAUCUGAGGAAGAUGAACUGAUGACUACCUACUUGGAGCAAUCCAUGGUCUGGAUUCCAGAGGAAAAACCUAUUGACAACAAAGAAUUCCUAAAGAGCUCAAAAAUUUUUGACAUCUGUAAAAAUGUGACCACACACUGGAUCCACCCAACUCUGAUCACAGCUCCUGAAUUGCAUGACUUUGAAGAUGGAGGGGAAGAUAAUGUCCACUUCCUUGUGACCAAACGAGAUGGGGCUGAAAGACAGAAUGAGCACCAUGUGGAUAAGGAUGAGAGGCCAGGAACCAAACGCCGGGCCCGGCAGCUAACUGAAGAGGAUCUUCCCGUAAAUGACUAUACGGAGAAUGGACUUGAGUUUCACCCCUUGUGGGAUGAACGAGGCUACUGCUGUGCUCAGUGUCGCCGCGCCAACCGAUACUGCCAGCGGGUGUGUGAGCCUCUGCUGGGCUAUUACCCAUAUCCCUACUGCUACCAGGGAGGAAGGGUUAUCUGCAGAAUCAUCAUGCCAUGCAACUGGUGGGUGGCACGCAUGUUAGGGAGAGUGUAGGGCCACACAACUGCUGAAGCAAUGGAACUAUAACUAAUGUAUGCCCUUGCUGUAUAGAGGGACCCUAUUGUACACUGCCGCUCAGCUAGCCUCCCUGUAUUACAAGCCUGUAAAAUGCAGGCUUUUAACUCCUUGAUUCCUGCUGCGUGCUCCAGCCAUGCCUGGCUGAUCGCACCGCCUAUGCUGCUGUUCUAUUCUAUUCGAUACCACAUUCAUCCCUGCAGUAUCUGAGUGCCUGCUGAGCACAGCAGGUGCAGCCCAACGUUCCCCUGCUUGCGGUGAAAUGUUCAUGGACAGCAUGCAAAGGAUGAAUAGGCAAGAUUGUAUCUGUGCUGCACCCUAAGAAAUGAGCCAAACAAUAAAUGUUUUCUAUAAGCAAUUGCAAAGAAAAGUCAUUUAAACUCAGUCUGUGCUGCUUAGUGGGUCUGACAAGUGAGCUCACUGUGCAGCUCCAGAGCCAGCUAACAUGCGGAGCUCAGGUUGCAGGUCCCUCGCUGGGCUCAGCUAGCUAAGGUCAUACAAAGGCGAGUGAGGGUUGCAGCACAGUAUCCGUAUCCCUGUUUGUGCCAGACUGCAUACAGAUUGACUACACUGACCUGGCCAUUCCCUCAGCACCUCUCUAGACACAGAAACCACACAGGACUCCCAUGGGCACUUAGUUCAUCAGAAAUCCAGAUGCCAGGCAUUUGCAUGCUGGCACUCUUCCUUCCGAGUCAGCAUCUCAGCACGAAGCUAGGGGCUGCUGGGCUACAGUAGAUGCCAUCAUCUGGCUGAGAUACUAGGGCAGGUACCUGUCCAAUCUGUAGUUAUUAAAAUAGCCCCUGACACUUCUCACAAGUCCUGGCCAAUUUCCUGCUUGUGCAAUUGCAUUCUGCCUUCUCACAUUCCCCCUGCCUUUCCAGUUAGACACAGUAGUCUUCACUUCCAUUCCUAAGGAAAAAACAGCCCCCACAUGCUGGUUACUGCGUAUUUAUCCAUCUGGAAGAAAACAGAGUCUUCAUUCUCAGGUUGGCUGCAACAAGUCAGAGACAGUUUAUUAUCCUGACACUUGCAAGGGGAGAGUAGAUCCAGACAGGGGUUCCCCCCGUCCCAGGCAGGUCUCCAUUAGAUAAACAAUUAGGGCAAGUAUUUAUACCUUUUGUUACAGACAACAAUGAUCAACAACCGCAUCUUGUUUAUACAUAUUCCUUCUGAUAUCUUACUUUUCUCAGCAGUUCCUGCUACAGUCUGUAUUCCAUUCUUAUCUAACACAAGGUCAAAAAACUAUUGCUUACAGUUUUUUGUUCCACUUGCUUUCCACUUGCCCAGGCCCUGCCUGAAAUCUUGCGUUAUUAGAGCUAGUGUUAGCCUGACUCUUAUUUUAUUCCUAAAAGUUAAGAUAUCUGCAUUCAAAUUUUCUUUAUCCUUUUCUCUGCUUCCACACUCCCUCCUUUUGUGCUUCCAGCACAACCAUCACUCUCAAACCUCUGUUCUCAUUAAAUCUUGCAUUUCUGACUCCAGCUCACACGGUACAACCUUCUGGGGUUUAACUGAAUACAAUGACAAAGCAUGGUUAGUACGAACAUGGAAGGUGCUAUUAUUAGCACAACCUUUACAACAACAACAACCUAACCCUAAACUAAACAACAACAAUAAAAGUGUUAACAUUCCCAUUGUAAUAAUAUGAUGGGGUUGCUGUACAGCCUUAGUCAUAAAACACAAUACUUAAUACACUCUAUAGGCUGUAAGAAAGGCAUACUCUUCAAUUUGAUAUAUAUUUUGGAGCAUAUGAAUUUGCCCUUGUUAUUCAGAGAUUAUCUAGACCUCUGGUAGGAGUGAAAGCAAAUUUUGGAACUGGUCAAGUACUAAGCUAGUCCAGUUUAAGGAUAUCUGAAACCUAAGGGCUGAUUGUAAAAUUUUGUCUGCUGGCCAAUAAAUAAUAUUAUUGCCUGUAGCAGUGGUGAGAUUAAAAUGUAUGCCUUGUAAAGUGGUGGUCUUAACAUACACACAGUUGUCAUUGGCUUGGAAAAGCAGGUGUCCUGUCAGGGUAUUUCCUUGUCCCAUACCUUCCCAACAGAUGUCAUAAACAGUGACAACUUCUCCUAGCUUCAACUUUUGUACCCACUGAAGCUGCGGGGGCUUUAAAGGCCAAAAUGUCCAUUGGCUUCCUAUCCCUAUCCAAACAUCGGGCAUUAUUCCAGGAGCACUGACUAUAAGUCGGCUAGGCAUACCAGGUGGUUAAAUUUCCCAAAUAUCUCAGUGAAUUAUCCAAUCCCACUUGCAUCCUCCCCACAGACCCAGCAGGAUUCCGUAUGUGGGAGCCCACACCCCUCCAACCGGCCCAUAUGCUUGGAAAGAGCACUGUGAGCAUCUGCACUUCCACCUUGAAAAUCUCCAAGUAUGUCUCCAUGGCCACAGAUCAGAUGGCAUUCCUGAAGAACUAGUAAGGGCAGUGGGCCAAGCCUGAUGCUCAAGAUCACUCUGAAUGGCCAUGAGCUGGUUAUGCAGAAAAUCCUGAAUUUCUGAACAUGCCAGAUCCCACUGCAGUCCCUUUCCUGCCUCACUGAUAUUCAAUACCAUCUCUGUCAACAGCUUCUGGGUCAUUAAACUAAGGGCAGAAAUAACAUGUAAUUCACCAACCCCAGCCUGUACCUGUGUUAACUGUGCUCCAAUAAUAAGACCAGUGGCCUUUUCCAGUUGCUUUAAUUUCUCAUCAUGUUGUUGACCUUUGUAAAUGUUCCAAAUUGCUGCUGCACUAUUGGCACCAUCCCAUACGGAUCAUUAAGGUGUAAAGGCCUUGGCCAUUGGGUUUCAUUAGAGUAUAUGGUAUUGUCUGUAUUAGGAUGUAUUACAGGGGUGGUAGUGGUAGUAAGGAUAAUGGCGGGGGCAGUGGUCGUGGCAGCAAGGCGCCUUUGGUAUUCGUCAUCUGAAAGCCAAUUAGGAAGGGCUAUACAUCCUGAAGGUACUUGUCCAAAAGCACAGAGCCCAGUCCCCGGAAUAAACCCAAACCACCACUCAAUACCACAGACUCAAGCAUGGUUCCCACAAAUUCCUCCCUGCCAGGUUACGAUACUCCAUCUCUUCCACCAGAGCCAACUCUUAAUGUCUUUUGUAGUCAAGAAUCCCUGGACUUUGGGAUUUCAGCGGAACGAACAUACCUUCUUCUUCUUUUUUCCUGGAACAGUCAUGGUUCAGGAUCAUACCAGAGGAGGUUACCAGCAUGUCACUCUGUAAUAACUGGGUUUCUCCAGCAGAUGGUGAAUGUAUGGUAGUUCUGUCAGUGGACAAGGGAGAGGUUACCAGCACUUCACCUUGUCCUUUUCUGCUGCUGUCCAGAAGGAGAACAAAGGGUAUCAGAAGGAGGGACAGGCUGAUCAGCAGUCCGAGGGUCAUCUCAAAGUGGAGGGGCUUUUUUGCAGUGAGAAACAUGGGUCCAGGCAGUCAGUCUUUGGCACUUCACAGUGAUGUUGGUAGUUAACAAGACUUGGUAAGGGCCUUUCCAACACGGGGUCUGAGCGGUCUUUUGUUGAUAGACCUUUAUGCAGACCCAGUCUCCUGGUUCCAGUGAAUGGCAGGGUUGCUCAGGAUCCUUGGGUAGUGCUUCUUUCACCUGUGUAUAAAAAGAUCUGACGCAUUUCAUUAGUGUCUGGCAGUAAUUAAGCAUUGUAUCUUCCAUCAAAUGAAUGUUCAUCUGGGCAAGGGCCAGUGGGGGUGCAGUCGGUAGUCGCAUCGGGUGCCCUGUCAGGAUCUCAUAUGGACUAAGUCCAGUCUCCCAGUUGGGAGUGGCCCUCAUGCUCAUCAAUGCUAAUGGCAGGGCAUUUGGCCAUUUUAAGUUUAUUUCUGCACAGUUCUUAGCCAGUUUGUUUUUCAGAAUCCCAUUCUGACGUUUCACUGUCCCGGCAGAAUGUGGGUGGUGGCGACAGUGGAAGUUGUGUUGGAUCUGCAAGGCUGCACAUAACUCCUUUACAAUCUGUCCAGUAAAAUGAGAACCACGAUCACUGUUGAUACUCACAGGUAUGUCAAACCUUGGAAUGAAAUCCUUAAGCAAAAUUUUCACAACAGACUUGGUGUCUGCUCUCCUACAAGGGAAGGCUUCAACUCAACUUGAAAAACAUCAACUAAUACUAACACAUACUCAUAAUUGCAACAUUUAGACAUUUGAAUAAAAUCAGUCUGAAUAUUUACAAAAGGCCUCCAAGGGGUGUGCUGCU